CUUUUUGACUCUUACCACCAUCAUCAAUACAAGUGCAUCCAAGUGACAUUGUCUGCGAACUACCUACCUCUCUUCAAUCUUUCAAGAUGAUGCAGCCAACACCAGCACCAACCUCGGCGCCCGGGUCUCCCGAGCCAGCGCCUGAGGAAUCGCUGGUCGCCUCAAUGCCUGAGCCGCCACACAACACUGGGAGUGCUCCUUUUGGGAUCUUAGUGGGACUAUUUGAGAGGCUACAAAGUGAGAGAAGAAGAGAUAAACGAGAAAAGCUAUUAUCUUCAUGGUUCAACCAUUGGAGAGAUGAGAAGGGCAAAGAUCUUUAUCCUGUUCUACGUCUUUUGCUUCCUCAGAAAGAUCGUGAGCGGUCUACUUAUGGUUUGAAGGAGCAGAAAAUAGCCAAGACGUACAUCAAGCUCAUCCCUUUAGGUCCAAGAGACCCAGACGCUAUCCGUCUCACGAAUUGGAAGAAACCAGUGGAACAGAAUAAGGCCUCUGGUGACUUUCCUACAGUUCUCUACGAAGUAAUAGGCAAAAGAUCAUCGGUCACGGAAGGUUCCCUGUCUAUUGAUGACUUGAAUGAAAUUUUAGAUGAGCUAUCGCAGAAACAGGAUUCUAUGGAAGUCCAAUCGAAAAUAUUGAGACGCAUUUAUAAUCGUGCAACACCAGAAGAGCAGAAAUGGAUUGCGCGCAUUAUAUUGAAAGACUUGGUGAUAUCUGUAAAGGAAACUACAGUUUUUGCAGUUUUCCAUCCUGACGCUCAAGAUCUUUAUAAUACAUGCUCAGACCUCAAGAAGGUCGCGUGGACUCUCUGGGACCCUUCAUUCCGGUUAAAUGCCAAUGAUAAAACUGUCGCACUCUUCCAUUCUUUCGCGCCUAUGCUGUGCCGGCGUCCAACCAAGAGGAUAGAAGAGACCGUCAAAGAAAUGGACGGAAGUGAGUUUAUCAUCGAGGAAAAGCUCGACGGGGAAAGAAUACAGCUUCAUAAGAAGGGUAAUGAAUAUUUCUAUUGCUCAAGGAAAGGAAAGAACUUCACUUAUCUGUACGGGAAGCACGUUGGGAUGGGGAGUCUGACGCCUUACAUCGACGCUGCGUUCGAUGAGCGCGUCGACGAAAUUAUUCUUGAUGGCGAGAUGCUGGUCUGGGAUCCGGUUUCACAGCGCAACCUGCCAUUUGGGACCCUCAAAACAGCUGCUGGAGACAAAUCCAAAAAGGCUCACAUGCCUCGUCCGUGCUUCAAAGUUUUUGACCUUCUUUACCUCAACGGUCAAUCACUUAUUGACAAGACGACAAAGUUCCGGAAGCGGAACAUGAGAGCUUGUUUGAAAGAGGUGAAAGGACGUAUUGAAUUUGUCGCUGAGUUUACGGGUCGAGAUGCACAGCAUGUUAGACAACGAAUGGACGAAGUGAUGGGGGCGAGGGGCGAGGGGCUCGUCAUCAAGCAUCCUAAAUCUAUGUACGUAUUGAACGGGAGAAAUAGAGACUGGAUUAAAGUCAAACCUGAGUACAUGGAUAAUAUGGGUGAGACGGUUGAUGUUCUUGUCGUUGCCGCCAAUUAUGGCACAGGGUCCCGUGGUGGAGGAGUCUCUACUCUCAUCUGCGCAGUAAUUGACGAUCGACAUCCUGAUAGUCUGGAUGAUGAGCCCAAGUAUAGCUCCUUUGUGCGUAUUGGUUCUGGCUUGACGUAUGCCGACUAUGUGUGGGUGCGUGCUUUGCCUUGGAAGCCUUGGAAUCCCAAGGAGCCGCCGGAAUUCUAUCAAACCGCCAAAAAGACAACUGAAGACAAGGGAGAUGUUUACCUCGAGCCUGAGGACUCCUUCAUACUUAAAGUGAAAGCAGCUGAAAUCACACCAUCGGAUCAAUACCAUCUCGGAUACACCAUGCGAUUCCCCCGGGCUCUGGCCAUUCGACAGGAUUUGACGAUUGCGGACUGCAUGACGGCCUCCGCCGUUCUGGAGAGUGCUCGUACGACGAAGAAGAGAAAGAUGGAGAGCGAUAUUACAACGAAGAAGACGAAAAAGACAGGCAAGACGAAGGCAAAGCCAAUGAUGCUCGCCGAUUAUCAGGGGAUAAAGGCCAAGGAUGUCCCGGUUGAGUCUGAUAUCUUCAAUGGUUUAACGUUUGUCGUCAUGCCUGAUCCUAAAUCAAGAACGGGCGAACAGCAGAAGAAAGAGUUGAUGAAGCUGACUAUAGCCAAUGGAGGGCGCUGUCUGCAGCUAGCUUCAAAACAACCCAACCUUUUCAUCGUAUAUGGUGGUACUGUCACCCCGUAUGAUUUGAAGCUUUCACUUAACAAGGGUAUUCACGACGUGAUCAAGCCGGAAUGGAUUACGGAUUCCAUUGCUCUGGGGCGCCAAGUGCCACUUUCGAAAAGAUACUUUUUCCACGCUACUGAAUCGAGAAAGGCAACAGCAGAAUACAGCAUGGAGGAUGACGUGAAGAAAGAAGAUGAAGUGGCGGAAACGGCGGAUGAGAUAAAUGAAGCAAGUCCGAGUAUCAAGGUGGAGGACCUAGCGGAAGAGAUCAAGCAUGAGACAAUCGAUCCGGCCUUAGCGGAAUGGCUGACCAUCGAUGCACCGAGAACACCAGCUGACGAUGAUUCAGAGACGGAAGACGACGAUGACGAUAAUGAUUCUGUCAAUGCGGAUGUACCUGGACAGGACGAUAUGGAUGAUUGGCUCAAGGUGGAAGAGGAGGAUGCGGAAGUCGAUCUCAAGUCGGAGGCGUCGAACAAGGAUGUGAACGACCCUACAGAUGAUGUCAAGGAACCUGACGAAGAGAAACCUCGAAUGGGAGAGGACGAGUCAGCUAUGGAGUAUGACCAGGAACUCAUUUUCAAGCACUUGUGCUUCUACUUGGAUACUUCAAGUAAUGCCCGACGAAACGGAAUGACUGCCAAGUCGAAGUAUGAACAUGUAAUUGACGCUAGUUUCGAGGAGGUGGAUAAGUUGAUUACCUCCAACGGGGGGCGAGUUGUAGAUCUUGAUGAACCGAAACUAACGCACGUUGUUAUCGAUAAACGGGACGAUAGUCGGCGUUUGGAACUCAUGAGGAGGACAGCGAAGCCGAAACGGAAGUAUUUGAUCCUUUCGAACUUCAUACAAAGCUGUUUGGACGAAGCAACGCUUCUUCCGGAAGAAGAGUUUGCACCAUGAAUUGUUCUCGAUCUACAUUGAGAAUGGUAUAUAUGCCGGUGCAAUGGGAAUAUACUGUCAACAAACACCUCGGCCCUUGUGAAAAAUUUUAAUGUUAAGCCGCUAUGACAGCGU